AUGGAUUUAAUUUUGCAUACACACAAAAACAAUCUUUGGCAGAGACACAGAAGAGAAACGAGAGCAAAUAAACAGUCACAAAAAACAUCACAACAGCAAGGUGAUUUGCUAAAAAAGAGAAAGAGGCAUAGAGAAGAAGAUAAUGAAGAAGAAAAAGGAAAUAAGAAAGGUGAUAAAAGAAUAAAAGUGUUAAAAGAUAGUAAAAUUAAGAAAAAGUUGAAGGAAGGCAUAGCGCAACUGAAUCAAUCGGAGAUAUCUUCAUCAGAUGACAUCUCAAAAGAUUCUAAAAUUUCGGACAGUGUUGCGACACCCCAUACAGCGUCUCCGAUAAAAAGCGUCGAACUGUCGUCAAAUAAUUCGUUUACGACAGAUGAAUACCCGGAAGAAUUUCAAGUUUUAAAGUCCCCUUUGGUUGAGAUUUCCUUGGAUAGUUCAUUAAUGCUACCUCCGAACAGUGAAUCUCAAACAAAAGAUGCGACUCCGCCGAAUGAGGCAUCAAAUUUUGAUAAAUUGGUCCCUCCUCCGUCGGAGCCGGAGCCGGAAUCUGCCGGGCUUUCAAGCAUGACUCACUCAGGUUCAUCGAAUUCGAAUAAUAAUAACAAGCAUGCAAAACAUUCUAAAAAGAAGAAAUCGCAUCUUACAAAGAAGCACGCCCGUAAAACAAACGAUAAAUCGCGCUCAAAGAAGAUAGAAAAAAUGGAUAUUGCUGAUUGCCUGCAAAAGCUAAAUGAAAAAGUUGAAAAACUAACAAAUAAAUUUGAAGAAUCGAAACAGUCACGUACAAAAUUUGAAGCAUCAAUAUUGAAAUCCCUCAGCACGAUAGAGAGCAACUGGAAGCAGCUACAGA